AUGACUAUUGCUGCAUAUGCGUAUGAAACAAAUGAAGCAAGAAGAGCACAUGAACUAGUAAAUGAAAACUCAACUUUAACCAUUGAAGGCAAUGAUUUAGUCAUUGACGAUGGAAAAACUAAAAAAGUCAUUGAUUUCGAUACUUUUAACACUUAUGACCCAUUCAUUACAAUAAGUAAAGUUCCUAUCAUAAAUGAUGGAACGGUGCAAUAUAUAAAUUCUACAGUAGAUGCCUCAUUAGUGAAAGUACUGAAUGUUCUCAUUGAAUUGUUAAAGAGCUUUCGAUUUGACGACAACAUUAAAUGCCUAAAGAAUUUAGUCAUGAAUGAGAAACAAAUUCUCGGCGUUGCUGGUAGCAGUAAUGAUGUACACCUUAUGACAUUAGAAUAUUAUAACGAACAUAAAGAUGAACUGAAAGGAGAGAAGGGUGACACCGGACCACAAGGACCACAAGGAAUACAAGGAAUACAAGGAAUACAAGGACCUCAAGGCGAAAACGGUUUGGAUGGAAAGGAUGGAAAGGAUGGAAAAACUGCUAAAUCAUGGAUAUGGAACCUUAUAAAUACUGGUUUAACAGCUGCUUCAUAUGGAGUUCUUCAAUACCAAAUCGGAAAGAUAUGGGCAGUACUUGGUGAAGAAGUUUUAGAUGACGUUAAAAAUGCUUUGAACUUCAUUUCAAAUGGUUCGGAUACUAUUAAAACUUUAUCUGGUUGGAUGCAAGAAACAAGGAGUCAAAUAGAUACUGUAAGACGUAUAGCAAACAAUGCACGUACGGGAUUGGAUACUUUACGAGAAGCACAAAAUACACUAAAGGAAGCAAAUGAUAUUCUUGGCUCAGUAUCAGACAUGCAUGAAGAUUGGCUUAAAGGUAUUGAUAAAUCUUUAAAAAAUCACAGUCAGUCUAUUGCUGACUACAAGAAAAGUAUAGAUUUUUUACAUAGUGCUAUGGACGUACAUGAUGGAAGCAUAAGGAACUUACUUAAUGCUAACAAUAACUUACCAGGAACUAUUAAAGCAUUUAUAAAGUCCUUUGUAAAACCCGGUGCUCUAACAUUUAGGUCUUUGAGAGCAAGAGCAUUGAAGUCAAGAGAUGCAGAAACUCCAACAGAAACUCCAGAAGGAACUGAAACAACAGAAACUCCAGAAGAACCACCAAAACCAACAGCUAAUGAAAUAUUGUUCGAAUAUUUUCCAAGGUACUCUGUUCUCAUUGCAUACAUUCAAGAAAUACUUAAGAAAGCAGACUUUACUACUGUUAGAGCAGACGACAUAAUAUUGAACUUUGACCUUGGUUCAAGUGCACCAUUAGAGAAUCCGAGUACAAGCGUAAAAGAUACUCUUAACAAUUUAGAUAAGAGUUGCAGGAAUAUCGAAGAUCAUGCCAGAAACUUUGAAGCAUAUGAACUACCCGCAAUGUUAGACAAGAAAGCAGACAAAACAGAGCUUCAAACAUUAAAGACUCAGAUUCUUGAAACAUUAUAUCCUAUAGGCUCUAUUUAUACGUCAAUGAACUCAACAAAUCCAGCAACAGUUUUAGGUUUUGGUACAUGGCAGCAGAUUGUAGACAAAUUCUUAUACUGUGCUAACUCUUCAAAGCAAACAGGAGGUUCGAAGAAAAUUACUGAAGCAAACCUUCCACCGCACACUCAUACAGGAACGACAAACUUUUCUGGCGACCAUAGCCACUCAUUACGAGACCAUCCAUUAUACAACUCAGAAUAUAAAGCUGGCAAUGAUGUUUUAUCUCCAUCUUAUAACAAUUCAGCAAAAAAGACUUUUCGACCAACUGAACCAGGAGGAAAUCAUGUCCAUACUUUCACAACAAAUCCAACAGGCUCGGGUGCAGAUUACAUGCCACCAUUUGUGACUGUAUUUGCAUGGUACCGCGUUCAAUGA